GUGAAAGUAAAGCUUCAGAGCUUGUUCAGUUUUACACGUCAGCCAGGUAGAAAGCAUUGGGGAUUCCGGCGCCUGGGAACAGAAAAUCUGGAGUAAGAAGCAAUAAGCAAGACACGGUUGCUGUAACAAUUUGAUGAGGACAGUAGCCGAGAUGCUGCGCACCCUGCUGCUGAUCAUAUUAUGUGCUGGCAUCCCGAAUGCCCACAAAGGUUCAACGCAUCAGAGAGAUCUGACACUCAUCAUGGUUGGAAAAACUGGAACAGGAAAGAGUGCUUCUGGAAACACCAUCCUGGGCCGUGAUGCCUUUAAAGAGGUAAUGUCGCCUGAGUCUGUGACUGAAGGCUGUCACAGAGAAGAGGUAACGGAUGGCGACAGGAACGUUGCUGUCAUCGACAGCCCAGGGCUGUUUGACACCAAAAGCACACGAGAAGAAGUGAAAAUGAAACUUGAGGAGUGUAUUUGCCAAUCAGUUCCUGGACCCCAUGCUUUUCUGUUAGUGAUCAGCCUGAAGGCAAGAUUCACAGAAGAGGAGAAGGCUGCUGUGAAGUGGAUCCGGGAUAAUUUUGGCCCGGAUUCGUCCAUGUACACCAUAGUCCUGUUCACACACGCUGACUUGUUAGAGGAUAAAUCUGUGGAAGACUAUGUAGCAGAGAGCAAACAUCUAAAACGACUGAUAAACGAGUGCGGAGGAAGAUACCAUUCACUCAUCAAUGGCAAGAGACAGAGCAGAGCCCAGGUCAGAGAACUUCUGGAGAAGAUAGAGGACAUGGUGACAUCCAACGGAGGAAGCCACUACACCAAUGAGAUGUACCGCAGAGUCCAGAGGAAACUUGAGGAGGAGAGGAAAAAGAGGGAGGAGGAGGAGGAGCGAAGGAGGAAGCAAGAGGAAGAGAGAGUCAGAGCGGAGAGGGAAAGGAUUUCAACGAGUGACAUGAUAGAUCUUGCUAAACUGAUGCUGUUUGGUGCAGAAGUAUACAGCAAUCACCCCGAAAUUGUCAAGGAAGUAAGUAAAGGAGUCGCAGAACGUUUUAAAUUAAUUAAAGACAAGUUUAUUCAGUUGUGGAAUUAGCAAGGUAAUAGUCCACAGUCCCUGCCUCCAGUGUUGGGAGCAACGCUUUACAAAAAAAAAGCAUGACUGUAAUUCCCCUAAGUUUGGUGGGAAU